AUGAUCGAUCAUAUGCCCACAUCCGACCUCAUUGCCAUAGUCAUACAGGUCGAGACGAUCGAUGGUAGCCCUCCAGUGACGGCUUGUAGAGACAUCGCACCAUCACCACCCAAGAUCACAUCCUAUGCUUUCUCCAUGGACUCCCUAAGAUGUUCAGCGGAGUUAUCUAGUGAGUUCACCGUCCUGUCCCCAGUCGAGGUGGUAAUGUCCUGCGCCAAUCCGUAUAAGGGUGCUCAAGAGCCCACCUUUAUAUGGAUAACCUGGCCCGGUGGUCAUACAGGCGUAGUGACUGUAGAUACAGAACAAGAUACGAUCAAUAAGGUCAUUGAUAUAGAGGACCUAUCGAUCUUGGGUGGAGAACGUGGAA